CAUUUACAAACCCUCAUUCAAGUUUUGUGAGGCGAGGAGUGCGCAUCUAUCCAUCACAGAAUAGAAACCUUGGAAAUUUUGUGGAAUUUAUUGAGAUUUUUUUCAACGUUAUAGAGGUGUCUACGAAAACCAUUGGAGAGAAAGAGUUUGAGACGCCCUUACAUUAUCGCUUUAGGCGAAGACUCUUCGCUGGGAAUCCUGUGAAGACCAAGAUAACAUGGACGGAUUUUAUGACCAGCAAGUCCCAUUUAUGGUCCCACCCAGUAAAGCGUCCCGUGCAGAGGAACCCUACAGCAGACCAGUCAGCGACAGGAAGAGGAAGUUUGUGGAUGCAGAACUCGCUCAGGAUACGGAAGAACUCUUUCAGGACUUGAGCCAACUGCAGGAGAUCUGGAUUGCUGAAGCCCAGGUGCCCGAUGACGAGCAGUUUGUCCCAGAUUUCCAGUCAGAUAGCUUGAUGUUCCAUGGCCCGCCACCAACCAAGAUCAAGCGGGAAGUGAAUCCCUCCAAAGAGCUCUCCCCUUGUAGUCAGGACUACAGUCCCAUGCCCUACGGAGAGAAGUGCCUUUACAGCUACAGUGCCUAUGAGAGGAAGCCAACGGCCGGGUUCAAGCCCCUGACCCCUCCCUCGACGCCCGUGUCUCCGUGUGGCUCUGCCGCCAACACCCCCCAGGGCUCCAACCCCCUACAUGACCCCACACCGCCCCCGCUGGUGCAGGGCCCCACGCUAGCACAGCGCCCCCUGCAGCAGGGCCAGGCAACCACAGCCAGCGCCACCCCCAACCACAGCCAGAGGGCGCUGCCCCUCCACAGCCAGAGCCCGCCGUUCGUUGUGCCCUGCCCGCCACUCAACCAUGAGACCCCCUUCAGCUCAGAGCACAGGUUCCAAAGACAACUGUCAGAACCCUGCCUACCAUUCCCGCCCUCUGAGUCCCAAGGUCGGUCACCCUUCAUGCCCCAGGCUCCAAGCACUUCACCGCGGGACAGGAGGCCUCCAUACCACCGCCAAAUGUCCGAGCCCCUAGUCCCCAUUCCCCCCCAGGGCUUCAAACAGGAGAUGAUGGAGCCGCACUACACUGAGCAAGGGGUUCCCAACAUGGGUCCAUCCCCUGCGGCCUUCCACCCCAUGGCCAUCAAGCAGGAGCCAAGGGACUUCUGUUUUGAUUCUGAAGUGCCUAACUGCCAGUCAUCUUUUGGGAGGGCCUCAAGCUUCUACCAAAACCAAGAAAACUUUGUUUUCGACAGAGAGCCACACCUGUACUACGAUGAUGCAUGUGUCGUUCCAGAGAGGCUGGAUGGUAAAGUCAAGCAGGAGCCCACAGUGUUCCGCGACGGUCCCCCUUACCAACGCAGAGGCUCCUUACAGCUUUGGCAGUUUCUGGUCACUCUGCUCGACGACCCUGCAAACGGUCACUUCAUUGCCUGGACUGGCCGAGGCAUGGAGUUCAAGCUGAUUGAGCCAGAAGAGGUGGCAAGACGCUGGGGCAUCCAGAAAAACAGGCCGGCUAUGAACUAUGACAAGCUGAGCCGUUCUCUGCGUUACUACUAUGAGAAAGGAAUCAUGCAGAAGGUUGCUGGUGAGCGGUACGUGUACAAGUUUGUGUGCGACCCAGAGGCUCUCUUCUCCAUGGCCUUUCCUGACAAUCAGAGGCCCACCCUGAAGGCUGACCCCGACGGUCUCCCAGGACUGGAGGACGACACCAUCCCUCUGACCCACUAUGAUGAGGGAGCCCCCUACAUUGUGGAUGCAGGGGAGCAGUGUGUAACAGGGAUGCCCUUCCCUGACAGUUACGCGUACUGAUGUCAACUCCAAAAAUAACAAAAGAGAAAACAUAAAAAUAUAAAACGAUCUUAUCCCAAAGCCCGGACUGCAGUGCAGACUGGAACUCAUCUGAUUCACAGUUCCUUGCCCCCUCCUGGCCUGAUGCCCUCUCUGAAAUGACCUUUCAGCCACCUACCCCACCCCUCCACCCCACUUGCCCCCGUGUACCAGAGAAAUCUCAAAAAGGUGUUUUUAGAGGAAACCUGCAAAAAUUCACUUUUUUUCCCCUCUGGCAUCAACCAGUGGGAAAGGGGUCCCCUGACAGGUGACGGACAAACUGGAAUUCUAGUUGCACCGGUCACCUGUCCCUGUAGUGAGGCAUGUGUCGCCAUGGAGACGAGCAGGACGCCAUGGACUGGCCAAGUAGUGAUGAAGAACGGACAGAUCUCUUAGUGGACUGGAAGAAGUGUAGCAAUUCCAUUUUGACAAUCUGCCUUUUUUUUACGAUAAACUUUUAUUCUGUCAACUAAAAGAAGAUAAAAGUACAGAGAUAUGGUUACCUCUUGGGUCCCUAGUAAACUCUAUGUUACUUUAAAACAUUUAAAAUAUAUAUAUAUAUAUAUAUAUAUAUAUAAAGAGUAAAGGGCUUCAUAUUGCAAAAACACCUAAAGAAUACACCUGUUAACCGAAUGGCUUGUUUAGACAGCUGUUUUUUGUAUAACAACCCUUUUAGUUCAAAAAUUAGACUUUAGGCUAAAGACUGCUGUAGGUACAAUCAGAUUUUCUGUAUUUUGUUGUAUUGUUCUACUCAUUGACUUUUUUGUUUUAAAGAGUAGUGGUUUUGUUUUGUCACUACUCCACAUCAGCUGUCUGUUUUGAUCCAUACAAGCUUUCAAAAUGUUUUGUAAAAUUCUCUACAGGACUGUUAGCCCAUUGAUUCUCUCAUGAUUCAGCAUUUGUUUCAGUCUUGACAUACAUGGCCAACGCAUAUCGGCUCGAUCUCACACCAUUCAGUGACCUGAAUUUUCCACAGUACGCUGACUUUAUUAAUGCACAAAUGUUUUAUGAGAAGCGCCAUCUGUAGUCUUAUUUAUUUCAGGCAUAGAUCUCCCUGACGCCGCACAGCAGUGGAACCAACGUCAAGGCCUUUGCAUGCAGUGAGAUUGUAUACACACCCACCCCACCCCACUUCUUUUUAUUUUUGCCAAACUCCGAUUUACUAUAGACCACAGCUUCUCCUGCAUGGUGUACUUAACAAGCAAAUGUCCACUGACAUAUCGUUUCAUGCUGGACAAAGAAGAAUUUGAUGUUCUCUGCAUUUUUGUUUUUACUUUUUAACUUUUGUUUGUUAGGUUUUUUUUUUUUUUCUUUUUUGGGGAGGGGAAGAAAAAUUAUAUAUAAAUAUAUUUUUGCAAAACUCCGCAUCUGUUUUGAUUUUAUUGUAUAAGCUGUAUAGUACUGCCUAAAAAAACAAAAAAAAACAACAAAAAAAAACAUGUUAUCUUUUGAAUCGGAGUCCCUGUGAUGCGACUGCAGAUAAUAAAGAAAGGACACCCUUUUUUCUUGGUGGAGUUGGGAACAGUGCCUUGACUGGAGAAGUGCAGCUUGUAUACUAAUAGUAGUCUCGCUGGUGUUGGACGGAGUUGCAUUGCUCUCCACUCGAACCACACAAAGGGUUGUCUGCACCUGUAUAGGCUUCUCCCUUUCCCUUCACAAUGUGUACCGUACACUGCUGAGUUUGUUAUCUGUAAGGGGUACAAUAAACUGUCGUUUCUGCUUCAGCUCCA